CAGCGUGUCUCUGAGAGUUGACUGGCUGCUUCCUCUCUCGUCCUGCCCUCCCCCGGACUAAAAAAAAAAAAAAAAAAAAAAAAGUGGCAGGAGUUGGAGUCGCCUUGGAUCUCCCAGACAGAGCGCACACUGGUCCGCUGUCUAUUGUAUGAUGUCUCCUCUUCUUGUCCGCCUGCUGCCGCUGCUUCUCUGCCUGGCUCUGCCUCUUUAUGGCUCCGAAAAGGUGAGAAGUAGAGGAUACCGAAAGGAUCCUGACGCUGACAAGUGCACUGGAAAUGAUGCAGAAAAACUCAACUGCACUAGACACUCUGGAGAAGGAAGAGCUACUUACUUGAACAACAUGUAUGGCAGCUGCUUGCAAGGCCCAGCAGGCACCCCUGGCAGAGACGGUAACCCCGGGGCAAACGGGAUUCCUGGGACUCCGGGUAUCCCGGGGCGCGACGGGCUCAAAGGUGAGAAAGGAGAAUGCGUUAGUGAGGUUUUCGAGGAGCCCUGGAGGCCCAACUACAAGCAGUGUGCCUGGAACUCUCUGAAUUAUGGGAUCGACCUUGGCAAAGUAGCUGACUGCACGUUCACCAAGAUGCGCUCAGACAGCUCCCUCAGAGUCCUCUUCAGCGGUUCCCUUCGGCUCAAGUGUAAGAACGCGUGCUGCCAGAGGUGGUACUUCACCUUUAAUGGAGCGGAGUGCACCGGGCCGCUGCCGAUAGAGUCCAUCAUCUACUUAGACCAAGGAAGUCCUGAACUCAACUCAACCAUCAACAUCCACAGGACAUCCUCAGUCGAAGGGCUCUGUGAGGGCGUCAAGGCCGGGUUGGUGGAUGUGGCGGUUUGGGUGGGGACCUGUGCUGACUACCCGAGGGGUGACGCGUCUACGGGGUGGAAUUCUGUGUCCAGGAUCAUCAUUGAGGAGCUGCCUAAAUGAGAAGGGAAAAAAAAGAGUUACAUGGAAGGGAGGAACCAGUUUUGGUAGCGUAACAGUGUUAUUUGGCCCUCCAAAAUGAUCAGGUAUGAUCCUCUGAGGCGUCCCGGCAUCACUGAUGGUAACUUGAAUGUUUUUUUUUUAUAUAUAUAGAUGUUUUUAGUUUAAUGACAGGCGUAUAAACAAGGAUUCUGUGUCAUUCUACAAGAAAUAAACCCUGUACUGUAGUUUUCUUUUUCUGCGCGUGGGUGCUGUUUGAAUACAGUAGCCAUUUAACAGACGAUGUGUAAUGUACUCAUGUCACCUGUUUUUAUUCAUUAUUACUGUUAAUAAAGUCCUUUUUUUUUUUUUAAAGAA